AUGACAUUACUUUUUUGCUAUAAUUUGUUAGACAUAUGGAGAAAAGACAAUAUAAAUUAUAUUUCACAGACUUCUGCUUAUCAUCUUACACAUAGUUUUUACAAGAAAAAAUCUAUUCUAACAGCACAGAAAUCUAACAAAUUGGUAUUUAGUAAAGAAAUGUUAAAUGAUUCUAUACUUCUGAAACAUGUAAAAAAGUCUGUACCAGUAGUAGAAGUAUGGAAUGAAAUGACAAUUCAAGAAUUAGCAAACUCUGCCAAAAGAGAUAUUAAUGAUGUUUUAGAUGCUGUUUAUAUAAACAGUAAAGAAAAUAAUUAUAAUGAAAACAGUAUCUUAACAAUUGGGCCUUUAUUGACUAAAAUAGUUAGAAGUCUUGGUGCAAAACCUCAACCUGUUUCAAAAUCAAAUGUAAAGAAAAAAGAAAAAUUUAAACAUAUUCUUAAAAGCUCUUCAGCUGAUGCAUCUAAAUUAGUAAAACGACAUCCAGUUGUGACAAUAAUGGGGCAUGUUGAUCAUGGCAAAACUACUUUGCUUGAUGUUUUACGAAAUACAUCUGUUGCAAAAUCAGAAUUUGGUGGAAUUACACAACACAUAGGUGCUUUUGAUGUAACUUUAAAAUGUGGAGAACGGGCAACAUUUUUGGACACACCUGGACAUGCUGCUUUCAAUUCCAUGAGACAUAGAGGUGCACAUGUGACAGAUAUUGUAGUAUUAGUUGUAGCAGCUGAUGAUGGAGUUAAAGAGCAAACUUUACAAAGUAUAGAAAUGGCAAAAAGUGCCAAGGUUCCAAUUAUUGUAGCUAUCAACAAAAUCGAUAAACCUAAUGCUGAUGUUAAUAAAACGCAAAGUGAACUUGCAAAACACGGUAUUGUUGUUGAAGAAUUAGGUGGAGAAAUACAGUGUGUUAAAGUAUCUGCUUUAAAAAGAAUUAAUUUAGAAGAAUUAAUAGAAACUAUAGUCUUACAAGCCGAAAUAAUGAGUUUAAAAGCAGAUCCUCUGAGCUUAGUGGAAGGUGUAGUUAUUGAAUGUAGUAACCACGUUGGUCGUGGAAAAUUAGUAUCGGCUUUAAUUAAACACGGUACUUUAAAGAAAGGAUGUCUAUUAGUGUCUGGAUUAGCAUCAGCGAAAGUAAGAGCUAUGUUUAAUGAUUCUGGCUUUCCUAUCUUGGAAGCUAAACCCUCGGAUGCGGUACAAAUCAUUGGUUGGAAAACAUUACCUACUGUUGGAGAUGAAAUAUUAGAAGUAAAAAAUGAUAAAAUGUUACAAGAAGUUCUAAAGGCUAGAGAAACAGAGCAGAGUGAAACUUUAGCUCUGGAACAUAAAAUUGCUGCAAAUCAGAAACACGAGAAACACCUUAUUGAAUAUAGAAGGAUAUUAGGAAUAAGAAGAACCUUUGGUAGACAGUGUUGGCGGACAGCGAAAAAGGUACUAGCAAAAGAAAAUGAAAAAUUUGCAGAAGAAAAAGAAAAACAUGAAACCAAUGUUCCUGCAAUUAAUAUUAUUUUAAAAGGUGAUGUAGCAGGAAGUGUUGAAGCAUUAUUAGAUAUUUUUAAUAUGUAUAAAUCUGAUAAAAUAUGCCGCUUCAAUGUUGUUCAUUAUGGUAUUGGAGCCAUUACUAACACUGAUAUAGAAUUAGCAGAAACAUUUAAUGCAAUUGUGUAUGGAUUUAAUGUAAGUAUAGGCAAAACAAUUGAAACAGAUAUCAAAAACAAAGGCAUAGUUGUUCGAUUAUAUAAGGUUGUAUAUAAACUUAUUGAAAACAUUAAGGAAGAAAUUAAUAGUAUAUUACCCAAAAUUGAUGUCGAAGAAGUAUUAGGUAAAGCAAAAGUACUGCAGAAUAUCGAAAUAAAGGAUAAAAGGAAGAAAGUAAAUGUUGCAGGCUGCCAUUGCUUUAAAGGUGUUCUUUUAAAAUCUGAAAUGUUUCAUGUAUUGAGAAAUAAUGAGAUUAUUUAUACAGGAAAAUUAGAAUCGAUGAGGCAUUUAAAAGAAGAACAGACUUCGAUAGAAACUAAUCUUGAAUGUGGUCUUAGAUUUAAAGAUACAGAUAUAUCCUUCCAGCCUGAAGAUAUUAUUGUUUGUUUCAAAAUAGUCAGUCAGCAACAAUCAGUUGACUGGGAUCUUGGAUUUUAAUUUGAUAUCGUUGUAUUUAAGAAGUUACAAAAUAAUACAUGUAUAAUAUGAAAUAAAAAAUACACAUCAUAAAACAUCUUCCUUUUUGUCAAUGGGAAAUUAAGUGACUCGUAUAAAAUGCAGUUUUACAAAAUGUUUUUUUAACGCAAGUUUUAACGGUAAUCUUUCAAAGAUGUCUUGAUCCAAAAACACA